GUUUAGUCCAGUUGAAAAAAAAGUUCAAACAGUUAAGUGGAUAAAAAGAAAAAUAACAGACAAUUAGUUGGUUGUAAAGAUUCAUUAAGGCAAUAUCUAGAAGUCAAUCGGUAAAUACACAAUGUCAUUCUUGAAAGAUUUAAUAGAAGCUGUUAUCCCAGCUGCUUAUGCUGAAGAACCAGAAGAAGAACCAGUUGAAGAAACUGAAGAAGCUGCUGAAGAAGAUGAUGACGAAGAAGAAGAAGAAGAAGAAGAGGAUGAAGAUGAAGUUGAAGAUCCUUUAGUUGCAUUAACCGAAGAAUGUAAACACACCCCAGCUGUGCACCCAUUCCUUCACCAUUUUGAUGAAUGUGUUGAAAGAGUUACCAAGGAACAAGAAGAUCCAGAUUACGCAUCAAAGGAACAUAAAGAAGAUUGUAUUGAAGAAUUCUUCCACUUACAACAUGCUAUCAAUGAUUGUGUUGCUCCAAGAUUAUUCAACAAAUUAAAGUAAACCAUCCAAUCUUGAGUAUCUCACCACUUUCAUUCUAAAAUAGACAGUCAUGUUAUAUAAGUCAUACAUUUCAUUAUUGUUAAUUUCAUUGCAUAUAUUACGAACCAAUUCACCAAUAAACCAAUUUGAAUAAUCUCAAAUUCAAUCGAAACUAUUCAAACAAUAAAUAAAUUCUACGAAUUCUAAAAUCUUCAACCACUUUUUCUUCUUUCCAAUGAU